CGUCCAGUCCACACUUGGAACCCAAAAGGCCACCACAAAGGCCAAAGCUUGGAAUUUCAGACGACCUAACGGGCUGGCCUGUGUCCUUCGCACAUCUGGGGGAAAGAAGAAACGUCAUAGCGCAAACACUGCACACUCGUCGCCUCAACUUUGCAGCCAUCGGUGGUCUGAUACACAUCCCUCACCAUCGGCUUGGUCAACAUGACGACUUUGUGGCCCUCCUCGCCACCGCGCGAACCCAUGGGCGCACCAAAGGGAAUUCUUCGCACCGCACCCAAUGUCACUAUGCAGAACUCAAUCGAGUCCCGGUAUAUCGCCUCGCCGCCGCGCCCGGACAAGAAGGUGCAUUUUGCGGACCCUGAUUCGCCCGAGCGGCUCAUCGACGUGGACAGUCCCCGGGUCGCCAUCACAGCGAGCCCCCAUCCCCUCAAGAUGGCCGGCAUUCCAAACCCCAGCAAUGAACUCAUGAACAUGAAAAAGACUGAGCAGAGCAGCACAUCCAGUCUUGAGGGACUCGUCUUUGACCGUCCCUCGACUCCAGCUGUCAAUCUGGCUAAGGAAGACAAGCCUGGCUCCCCAGAUUGGACCCCGACACGCCAGCGCCCGCGCCUGCCGCUGGCCCUUCUGAAUGGCUUCAAGGACCUCAGAAAGCCACAGGUGAGCAACUUAGUUGUUGCGCAGCCAGCACCCCGCCUGGUUCUCCCUUCAGUAUCCAGCCAACGUCAAGACGAUUUCGAACGCUUCCAGAUCCGGACAGUCCGUGUUAGAGUACAGGAUAUUCAAAACCAGGGCGUCGUGAGCGCCGAGGAAAUCAUUGUUGAGGACAACGAGCCCUACAAAUUCAACCACCAGCUGAUCGCCGAGGAAAUCAUUGUUGAGGACAACGAGCCCUACAAAAUCAACCACAAGCUGAUCGCCGCCGCCGAGAACCGCUCUCCUCUGAAGCAUCCUGGUGGCUACGGUACGAUCAAGGGCAGUUCUGCCUUGCGCGGCCGGGUCAUCACCUGCUCGAGCCCCCGCAGCCAGAACUUCAUCAUGAACACCAAGACGAGCGGAGAGGAUGGUUACGGUGCCUUUGCCAUGGCUGCAAGCACCAUGAGAGACGCGAGUGAGACGUUUCACUCAAAGGUUCAGGACAUUGGGCAGUGGCCGGUUUCGAUGACGACGCAAGGAUUGAACAACAUGGCCAACCCUUUUCGCCAGCUCAAUAAGGAUGAGCUGUACGAAAUGGCGACAGAAGUCACGGCCUCGAUCGGCGAGCGAGUUCUGCUCGUCUUCUUCUUCACCGUUGCGCUCAUCCCCCUAUUGAUCAUCUACUUUUGCAAAGGCCUCAAGUGGGGUACCAAUACUCUGGCGGUCAAACUGCGCAAAAGCCCGCCCCAGGAGUACCAGUACGGCUUUGGCUACACCUCGGAUUAUUGAAGGAUGUUGAGUGACAUCCGCGGCUUCUGGUCGUCUGAGCUAUGGGGCAUUUCUUGUCUGAAAGGAGAUUCAGGGUCUCUCUUGGACUCCUGGACAGCGAUCCGCCCUUUUCCUUGGGAGUUGAGCUGCACUGGACUCUUGUUCGGUUUUCUACUUUUCUUGUCCCUGACUAUUUCAUUAGCG